AUGCGUUUCUUGCGGACACACAACUGGACGACUAUCUUGUUAACGAGCAGCGCCGUAUCUCCCUUUGACUCCACCACGAGCGAGGGGAACGAUUCGGGGUGA